CGGUAACAGAAGAGAGGCAGUCCUGAAAUCUCAGCGUUUUACUGAAAUUCAAUACCAACUUUAUUGUGGAAAUGAGCUGCACAAGAAUCCUUCACGCUUUGGGAACUUACCCUCAGCCUGCGGUAGCUCCACAUUUUGCCAUGAGCCUGAGUCGGCAGCGACCCAUUCAACAACUUAUUACCAAAACUCCGCCAAAACAGUCUGUACGACAGUACCAACCCAUGGACCGUCUUCUGGCCACCAGUGUUCAGAGUGCAAACCAACGCCUGCCAACGCCGCCCCCGUCUCCGUCCAAGCUGAGGAGUUGUUUCCGGCGGAACAGCAGUGGUGCGAACAAGAAGCGGGUUGUUUUUGCAGAUGCAAAGGGUCUGGCUCUGACUGCAGUGCGCCUCUUCUUCCCUGAGACGACCAACCCCAUUUCCACACUUCUCCCUCAGCCUUCUACAGUGAAAAUCCCACGCACGACGGAGAACACUCAGCAGAAACACAAGCUGCGACUGGGGUUUCCUCCGCCAACAGCAGACAUUAGCAGCUUCCUCGCCCGCCUGAGAGAGGCCUGUGUGCAGUUAGAAAGCUGCAGCGUUUCUGAGCACUUGCUGAGCGGCCGAGUGCGAGUUUGCCAUGUCAGUGCUGAAAAGACUGUUAACUUAAAGGUGACCUUUGACUCCUGGAGGAGCCAUCACGAUGUACAGUGCACGUUCCUGCAGCGUGAGGGGUGUGGAGUUGCUGAGAUGGAUGUCUUCACUUUUGACCUCGGCCUGCCCCAAGACAUAGAUCCAAACGAACAGAUUGAGUUCUUCGUGGUCUUUCGGCCAGGACCUGAGGGGCCCGUCCACUGGGACAAUAACAGGGGUCAAAACUACAGCCUGCACGUGGACAAUAUUGCAUCAAGCGGCAAUCAAUAUUCAACACUGUCCAAGCAGAGCGCAUCAUUUCACCCGCAUUUUUCUGCUGACCUGCUUCGUCUUCCGCGGCAUUUUUCAAGUCGAGUUGAAGGACUGUACGCUUCUAAAUACUCCAUCUGAGCCACUUUUCUUGUCUUAAAUAAUAUUUAAUGUCUGUAAAUAAAAUACAUAUUUAUUGCUGUAAACUAUUUGGGUCUUCAUUGUUUAUGAUGGGAUGUGAAUAAGACACAUCAAAUUAAAAAAAGAUAUUUUGGAGAUUAUUUAUUUAAUGUCCCCCCCUGGUAAAACAGAUACAACGAUACCGCCACAUUCUAGUUGGAAGAGUGUUGCUUGUGCUGAUGAUAUCAAACAAAUGAUCCUCUGUUUGUCAAUUACAACACCAAAUAUUGAAGCAGCUUUUCUGGUUUUGCCUCACAUGGGCGUAAACAAAGGAUGAUUUAUUUCUCCCCUUUCUCCCAGUGUGGGGAGAGACUGUAAACUGUUGUGCAAUCUCCUUGUUACUAUCAUGUUUAUCGUGUAUUUUAUUGUCUCCGUUGUGUCUGGUAAUAUUGUCUUUGUUUAUUUGAGUUUAAAUAUUUUAUGUGUGCUUGUUUUGGACUGAAGUCUCACUUUUCUUUUCACUAUUUUGACCAUGUGCUGUCCUUGUUAGAAUUAAUUUAGAGAUGGAAUGGAAUAAAGAAAAUAUUUUUUUUUAUAUCUUACUGUUCUAUGAACAUUCUGAUGAUAUUCUACCCUGAUACUCUCGAGACACUUCAGUCCAUUGUAAUUUCUUAAUAGUAAUACU